CGGGUUCAGGUGCGGCGGUUCCACGUCGCCGGCGACGCGCGGGCCGGAGCGGGCCGGGGGCCGGGCGAGGCCAUGGCGGGGCCGGGCCCUGGCGAGCAGGACGAGCAGUACGACUUCCUGUUCAAGCUCGUGCUCGUGGGGGACGCGAGCGUGGGCAAGACGUGCGUGGUGCAGCGCUUCAAGACGGGCGCCUUCUCGGAGCGCCAGGGGAGCACCAUCGGCGUGGACUUCACCAUGAAGACGCUGGAGAUCCAGGGCAAGCGGGUCAAGCUGCAGAUCUGGGACACAGCUGGCCAGGAACGAUUCCGAACCAUCACCCAGAGCUACUACCGAAGUGCCAACGGGGCCAUCCUUGCCUAUGACAUCACCAAGAGGAGUUCCUUCCUGUCUGUGCCUCACUGGAUUGAGGAUGUGCGGAAGUACGCAGGCUCUAACAUCGUGCAGCUGCUGAUUGGAAACAAGUUGGACCUCGCUGAGCUCCGGGAAGUCCCCCUGGCUGAGGCUCAGAGCCUAGCAGAACACUACGACAUUUUGUGUGCCAUUGAGACCUCUGCCAAGGACUCCAGCAACGUGGACGAGGCCUUCAUGAGGGUGGCCACCGAGCUCAUCAUGAGGCAUGGGGGCCCCAUGUUCAGUGAGAAGAGUACUGACCACAUCCAGCUGGAUAGCAAGGACAUCGGGGAAAGCUGGGGCUGUGGGUGCUGACCAGGGCACAGGGCCAGCAGGCCAGGGGCUGAGCCACCUUUCUCUCUGGCCUGUGGAGUCUGCUCUUGUAGGACCCCAGCCAUUCAACUGCUGCUGUGUCAGCCCUGGCAUUCUGCACCCUGGUGUGGAUAGGUGGUGGGAAGGGGCCACAGGGGGCCACAGGGCCCCCUUGCAGGGGCCUGUUGGCAGAGGGGAGCGGUGACCCAUCCUGCAAGCCAGCUUGGGGCCUCUCAUUGUUCACAUUCCAGGACUGUUGUGAGCCCUUUAAUGGGACCUCGGAGGCAGGAGACCUGGCCGCCAUCCUUCACUUGCUGGUUUUGACCAUUGCAACCUUGGCUGCUGUGGCUACUCUCCAGGGAUGUAGCCAGUCCUCAGUUCCUACAGACCCUCCACCUGAAGCACCAGGAGCAAGGGCGACCAGAACAGGAGCGUGGUGCCUGAGCCCUGCCCAGGGAUGCCUGGGCAUAUCCCAGCAGGAGUGGCUAUCUGCCUUCACUGCCAGCUUGAGCUCUCUAGAGACACUUGCUGGGGCCUGGCUCAUUGCCUUAUCAAGACCUCUUGGGUUCUUGUGGUUUUCCAUGUAGCUUCUCAUUUUCAUCUGCACAAGUGUGGGGUCAUGGCCAUAGCCAGCUAGGGACUGUCUGCUGGCUUGGGGCCAAAAUUGUACCAGUCAGGUUGAAAAACCAGCUAGUCUU